GCCUAUAUCAGAUAUCAGGUCAGGUCCGGUAAAGGAACGAUGAUGUUCGUGUACGUGUGAUGCGAUGAGGCAUGGAUUGCCUUAUGCCAUUAUAAAAGUUACUGCCUUCCCCAAGAAGGCCAUCAUCUCUUUCAUCUUCAAUCGCUACUUUUCCUUCCCACAUCAUUUCUCUGCCUUCAUCCUUCUUCAUCCUUUCAUCUCCACGCCAACCGCGCUAGUAGAGGACUCCCACACAAGCUUGCAGAAUCGUCAUGGCUCCUACUGCAAUUGCCCGUCGGCCAGCUGGGCCGCAGGGGGUCGACUCCAAGGAGACAGAAGAGCCAAUAAGUUACGAUAUCAACAUUCCAUAUCUUUCCGUCACUAAGGAAUCUCGCGCGAACACCCAUUACCCAGAGUAUCUACCAAGCUGGGACCCAGUAUGGUUCGAUCCUCUACCCCAUUUCUCCUACGAGGACCCCGCAUUGCGAGUCAAGGACAAAACAAAGCCCAACUUGCUCACCCCCGGAGUCAAAGUCUCACAUAUCCAACCCAGACUUGGCAGCGUUGUCGAAGGGGUCCAACUGAGCCAGCUGUCUAACGCAGCCAAGGAUGAGCUUGCCCUCCUUGUCUCUGAGCGUAAAGUUGUGGCCUUUCCCAAUCAGGAUCUAAUCGAUGCUGGUCCUGCACGCCAGGCCGAGUUCAUGCGUUACUUUGGUAAACCCAAUUACCAGCCCGUGUCGGGCACAGUUCGAGGCCACCCCGGGUUUCAUGUCAUCCACCGUGACGGCAAUCGCCAGGAAAUCUCGCGGUUCCUUGAACAGCGCACGACCACGACAUUGUGGCAUCAGGAUGUCAGCUAUGAAAUCCAGCCUCCCGGUUAUGUCAUGUUGGGCCUCCUGCAAGGCCCGGAAGUUGGUGGGGAUACUGUCUUUGCCGCCACUGAUCUUGCAUACAAACGACUUUCUCCAACCUUCCGUUCAUUCCUGGACAAUCUCGAGGCUGUCCACACAUCGUCGAAAAUGAUCGCUCAUGCCCGCCUGACGGGUGGAUUGGUCCGGAAAGAUCCUGUCGAUACCGUACACCCGCUGGUGCGUGUACAUCCAGUGACGGGUGAGAAGUGUCUCUUCCUCAACGGCGAAUUCAUCACCAAGAUCAACGGCCUCAAGGAACCGGAGAUGCGAUGGCUGCUUGACUUCCUCCUUCAGCAUAUUAUUACGGGCCAUGAUUUCCAGGCUCGGGUGCGGUGGCAGCCGCGAACAAUUGUAAUGUUUGACAAUCGAUCUACCAUUCACUCCGCCAUUGUGGAUUACAUCGAUGAAGACAAUGACGCACAAUUGAGACAUAUUUUCCGCUUAGCAUCGCUGGCCGAGAAACCUAUACCCGCUUCAGAGCAGUCCGCAUAGUCGUUGACUGACUGGCAUCUCCGAUCUUUUCACUUUUACAAUCCUUUUGACUGCUGCUCCCCUGCCAGCGAUUCUAAUUUUUAAUCCCUUCGGACUCUGGUGUUUUUCUUAGACGGACUGGAUGAUUGGAAUCGGAUAUCUUGACUGAAAAUUUGGAUUUCGGGUACUGUUUAUGUUUCCUAAAAUAGUUAUAACCACCAGUUCCCCUUGAUAGACUUUGUUAUGGAAUGCCUCG